GUUACAUGUUGGAGCAGCGAGACUAAAACUUGAAAUGAUGAUGUGACUUCCUGGAGGAGGAGGAUGAGGAGGAGGAGAAGGAGGAAGGUUACUCCGAGCAUUGCUAAUCAACAUUUCCACACACAUUGAGGAGAAGAGUUAUGCCGCGCGUGACCAUCUUAUGAGGAUGAAGACUAUUUGGCCCGCUUGCGUUUUUCUGUGGGCGACGUUGCAGCGCGGCAUCUUGCAGGUUGUUGAAUUACCUGACUCAGUGUGGAACUGCUGUGAGGGCGACAUUCUCGUAUUGCUGGACUCGUCAGGAAGCGUGGCCAACUACGAGUUCUCACGCAUGCUGGGCUUCACCGCCAAGCUUCUUCGGCCCUUCUCGCUAGCCCGCGGCCACGUGAGGGUCGGGCUGCUGCAGGUGGGGACCGCCCCGAACCUGGAGUUCGGCCUGGAUGUGCACAGCGAGCAAAGAAGUCUGCAGAAAGCUUUUCUCGGCGUCGCACAGCUGCAGGGGAGCACCAACACCGAGGCGGCGCUACGGGUAGCCCAGCGGCUCCUGACGGAGACGCGCGUGCCGAAGGUUCUGCUCUGGCUGACCGAUGGCGUGGAGCUGGGGAAGGUGGACGAGCCCAUAGCACAACUGAAGGCGCAAGGGGUGUCUGUGUUGAUUGUGUCCACUGUGCACGGCGACUACCAGGUCUUGCAGCGUGCGGUCUCCCCUCCUCUGGAGUCCCACCUGUACUCUGUGGACAUGGACAACAUUGACAUCAUCACAGAGGAAAUGAGAGCGGCCAUUAUCAGAAUCAUUCGAGCAGAGCGACUCCGUGCCACUGACGUCACGUCGCGCGGCGCUGUACUGCAGUGGCGCCCUGUUUUAAGCACACUAAGCGGUUACUACGAGCUGUGGUAUAACACCGUUGGGAAUGCACACGCAGAGGCAAGACGCAUUCUCCCGGGACAAACCAGCUCGGUGGCGCUGACCGAACUGCAACCCCAGACCACCUAUUCCGCCUUCUUGCGGCCAGAGUCCAACCAGAGGCUUUUCAACACCCUCACUGUGAGCUUCACCACGCUUCCAGAUCUUUUAAGCCCGGCAGUGGUCUCGGUGUCCGAAUCCGGCGCCCGUCAGACACGAGUCAGCUGGGGUCCCCUGCAGCCCGCUUUGGUUGCGAGAUACACCGUGGAGUACGGAGUCAUUCCAAGCGGCGCGGUCUCCAGUGUAAUGGCACAGAGCCACCAGAACUCCACUGUGCUCACCAACCUGGAGCCAGGAACUCAGUACCUUGUCACAGUCAGUGCCUUGUACAAGAACGGAAAAGAAAGAGCCAUGUCUGUGAAAGCAUGCACUCAAGAAGCACCAGCAGCGAGUCUGCCUGCCCUGUCAGAUCUUCAGCUCAACCCAGCGGCGCACGAGGAGGUACAGGUAGAAUGGAAGGCGCGACAGCAGGGCCUGACAGGAUUCUGGCUCACCUGGGAGAAAGGGAACACCCACAGCUCUUCUUCCAUAUACCUGCCGCCGUCCUCACACUCAACGCGUCUCACACACCUUGCGCCGAGCAGCCGCGUGUGCGUGUCCCCCGUCUACAGCUCGGGCCGAGGAGAGGGCAUAUGCUGCACGACAGAGAAGUAAAGAGGUUAUCGGAGCUUAAGGCCUCUUCAGUUGUUUUCUUCAGUUGUGUUGCGUUUUUUUGUUUAUUUGCGGAAAUGCAAUAUCCGUUUUCCUGGAUUAACGAGAGAAGGCUGCAAUCUAGCAGCCGGCAAACAAUCUGCAUUUGGAGUGCUGGAGGCACAAGAUAAUAUGCAGGACUGAGUAUUAUUAUUCUUUUUUUUUUUUUUUUUUUUAUGAAUUUCAGCCAUAACAUUACAACAUGUUCAAGGCUGUGGCUUGCCAAAUACAAAAUGUUGAUUACUAUUAUCCCUAACACUAUCAAUACAUCAUUUAAUUUCCAUCUCAGGACCAAUCAAGUUUCAUAUUUAAAUUGAAUGAUGAAAAAUAUCGUAGCAAAUAAGAGUCAAGUUAUUACUGGACUUGUUUGUGUCAAAUUAUACCUUUGUGCAGAACUAUCUAUCCAUCCAUUUUAUCCAUGCAAGCACACGGAGAGUAUGCAAACUUCACACAGGCAAGCUGGAGCCCGGAUUCAUAAAUUUGAGCAUUUUUCAUCUGAAGUGGAUUUUGACCUACGAAAGCAAGUAAACUAUAAAGAUGAUCAUUGCAAUUUUUUUCCCCCAGCGCUUAGUCUUUUAUUUUUAUGUAUUUUUUGCCUAACACUUGCUGUUUUAAAUCAAGCAUGCAGAACAUAAAACAUCAACUAAAAUGGUAAAUGAUAUGGAAAAUGUUAAAGUGAGUAGGCAGUCCGGAAAAGGCGUGUCUCGACUUUGAAUUUGAAGAAGAUUAAUGAGUCUGUGUUUUGGAGGUGAGGCGGUAGUACGUUCCAAAGACGGGGGCCAGAGCGGCUGAAGGCUCUGUCCUCCACGGUGGACAGACGGGCAGAAGGGACGGUGAGGUGGAUGGAGGACGAAGACCUGACAGAGCGGGAGGGUAUGGCAACAUGAAGGUCAGCAAGAUUUGGCGGGGCGAGGUUAAUUGAUGGCCUUGAAGGUGCAGAUCAGUAUUUUAUAUUGGAUUUGCAUUGGACAGGGAGCUGGAGUGAUGUGGUGAGUGGAUGGGCUCGUUGUGAUAAUACGGGCGGCAGAUAUGAUGACAAACAAGCUCUUUUAUCAAACUCUUCCCAUUUAUAAAUCAAGAAGAAAUGUGUUUUUAAAUGUUUGUUUUUUUUAUCUUUUUUUUUUUUAUCUUUAUUUAUAGUUCAGUUGUUCCUGUAAAUGUUUUCUUUGGUUAAAUGAAAGGACACGAGAGAAAUAUGUUCUGUUCGUAAAUAUUCUGGUAUUUAAAUUUCUAAGAAUUCAGAUGUUGGCACACAAUACGGGAUCAUGAUCAAUUGUUAUAAGCUCCUUUCCGUUCUGGUGUUUGGGUGGUUAUGGCACCAUCAAAUGGCUGUUAUUAGAAAUUACAAAGAAUGAACUGUUGUGUAAAUUGCAGCAUCCAGGGAAGAUGCAUUUUCAUUCUGUACGCAUAACUAGCUAGCUAACUGCACGCCGUAGUGAUAGAAAUGGGUAAUAAAUUAAAACCAAAUUCCAUCUAUCCAUCCAUUUUCAAUUAUACUGACAAUUGUAUACAAUAGCUGUUUAGAUGAUUUGGCACAAAGACACAAAAAUAAAACUAACUAAUAAAAUUAGGAUGCGGAAUACUGUAUGUUGCUUCUCCAAAACUGCGUCAUCGUCAUCAAUGCUCCCUGGCUCCUCGAAUAAAUGUAAUCCAAAUCUUAA